GGGAAUAAACCCCCUGCGAUUCCUUGGGGAGGAGGCGAGAGGGUUAUGCACACAGAGACCCGAAGAAAAACAUAAAAGGAGGAGAAACAUAAAAGGGCCCCAUUGGAGAUAAUAGCUAAGACACUAGGGAGCCAUUUGUGAAAUCAUCGGAAAGAACUAAGAAUGAAGUGGGAAAAGAGGCAUUUUGAAUUUAAUUUCUCGGGAUGCCGGCAUCCAUGAACUCCCUAAUGGAGAUGAUUGUGAAGGAAAAAGACAGAAAAGUUUCCAGUGUAUGUGAAAAUAUUCAAUGACCAACUGGUACUAAAUAGACAUUGCAGAACCCAAACGGGAGAAUCCUCAUAAAUGCAUGGGAUGUCUAAAGACCAAUGGAAAAUUUAAAUUUAAAUUACGUCAAAGAAUCCACAUAGAACGUGGCAAGAGCUUCGUCAAAGAGAAAUACAGGAGAAAUCAUAUGAGUGCUUUGUGUGUAGAAAGGGUUCCAGUCGGCAUGGCACUUUUGCAUGAAAAAACCCACACAGGGAAGAAACCAUAUAAAUGCUUGGUAUGUCAAAAAAACAUGGGAGAAGCCUUAGAAAUGCAUGGAGUGUGGAAAGAGCUUCAGCUGGAGUACAAGCCUCACUAUACAUCAAAGAACUCAAAUUGGUGAGAAGCCCUAUAUGUAUAGAAUGCGGAAAGGCAUAUAACUGCACAGACUGUGGAAAGAGUUUUAGAUGUAGUGGUACCCUUGCCUUACAUUUGAGAAUGCACUCGGAGAAACCACAUGAAUGCUUAGUGUGUGGAAAGAGCCUCAGUCAGAGGGCACAUCUUAAUACACACCAAAGAACCCAUACAGGGGAGAAACCAUAUAAAUGCAUAGUGUGUGGAAAGAGCUUCAGUCAGAGUGGACAUCUUAAUAUACAUCUAAGAACCCACACGGGUGAGAAACCAUAUAAAUGUAUGGAAUGUGGAAAGAGUUUCAGUGAUAAUGGAAGUGUAACUAAACAUCAAAGAACCCACACAGGUGAGAAGCCAUAUAAAUGCAUGGUGUGUGGAAAGAGCUUCAGUAUCAGUGGAAGUCUUAAUACACAUUUAAGAACCCACACGGGUGAGAAACCAUAUAAAUGCAUAGAGUGUGGAAAGAGCUUCAGUCAGACUGGAUAUCUUAAUAUGCAUCUAAGAACCCACAUGGGUGAGAAGCCUUAUCAAUGUAUGGAAUGUGGAAUGAGCUUCAGUCAGAGUGGAAAUCUUAAUACACACCUAAGAACCCACACAGGUGAGAAACCAUAUAAAUGCAUAGAGUGUGGAAAGAGCUUCAGUGAUAGGGGAAGUCUAACUAAGCAUCAAAGAAUCCACACAGGUGAGAAGCCCUUUCAAUGCAUGGAAUGUGGAAAGAGCUUCAGUGAGAGUGGAAAACUAACUAAACAUCAAAGAACCCACACAGGUGAGAAGCCAUAUAAAUGUAUAGAAUAUGGACAAAAGUUCAGUCAGAGUAGCCAUCUUAAUACUCAUCUAAGAAGCCACAUGGGUGAGAAGCCCUAUCAAUGUAUGGAAUGUGGAAAGAGCUUCAGUCAGAGUGGACAUCUUCAUAUACAUCUAAGAACCCACAUGGGUGAGAAACCAUAUAAAUGCAUGGUGUGUGGAAAGAGCUUCAGUAUCAUUGGAAGUCUUAAUACACAUCUAAGAACCCACACGGGUGAGAAACCAUAUAAAUGUAUGGAAUGUGGAAAGAGCUUCAGUCAGAGUGAAAGUCUAACUAAACAUCAAAGAACGCACACAGGUGAGAAGCCACAUAAAUGCAUGGUGUGUGGAAAGAGCUUCAGUAUCAGUGGAAGUCUUAAUACACAUCUAAGAACCCACACAGGUGAGAAACCAUAUAAAUGUAUGGAAUGUGGAAAGAGCUUCAGUGAUAGUGGAAGUCUAACUAAACAUCAAAGAACCCACACAGGUGAGAAGCCAUAUAAAUGCAUGGUGUGUGGAAAGAGCUUCAGUCGGAGUGGACAUAUUAAUACACAUCUAAGAAUCCACACAGGUGAGAAGCCCUUUCAAUGCAUGGAAUGUGGAAAGAGCUUCAGUGAGAGUGGAAAACUAACUAAACAUCAAAGAACCCACACAGGUGAGAAGCCAUAUAAAUGUAUAGAAUGUGGACAAAAGUUCAGUCAGAGUAGCCAUCUUAAUACUCAUCUAAGAAGCCACAUGGGUGAGAAGCCCUAUGAAUGUAUAGAAUGUGGAAAGAGCUUCAGUCAGAGUGGACAUCUUCAUAUACAUCUAAGAACCCACACGGGUGAGAAACCAUAUAAAUGCAUGGUGUGUGGAAAGAGCUUCAGUCAGAUUGUACAUCUUAAUAUGCAUCUAAGAAGCCACACAGGUGAGAAGCCAUAUAAAUGUAUGGAAUGUGGAAAGAGCUUCAGUGAUAGUGGAAGUCUAACUAAACAUCAAAGAACCCAUACAGGGGAGAAACCAUAUAAAUGCAUAGUGUGUGGAAAGAGCUUCAGUACCAGUGGAAGUCUUAAUACACAUCUAAGAACCCACACAGGUGAGAAACCAUAUAAAUGCAUAGAGUGUGGAAAGAGCUUCAGUGAUAGGGGAAGUCUAACUAAACAUCAAAGAAUCCACACAGGUGAGAAGCCCUAUCAAUGCAUGGAAUGUGGAAAGAGCUUCAGAGAGAGUGGAAAACUAACUAAACAUCAAAGAACCCACACAGGUGAGAAGCCAUAUAAGUGUAUGGAAUUUGGAAAAAAGUUCAAUCAGAUUGGCCAUCUAAAUACUCAUCUAAGAAGCCACAUGGGUGAGAAGCCCUAUCAAUGUAUGGAAUGUGGAAAGAGCUUCAGUCAGAGUGGACAUCUUCAUAUACAUCUAAGAACCCACACAGGUGAGAAGUUAUAAAUAUGCAUAGAGCGUGGAAAUAGCUUCAGUCGGAGUGGACAUCUUAAUAGACAUUUAAGAACCCUCCUAAAGGAGAAAAUAUUUGAAUGCCUGGUGUGUGGAAAGAGGAGCGAAAAUCAGAGCUUCAGUCAGAGUGAAAAUCUUAAUAAACAUCAAAAUUCCUACAAAGGGGAGAAACAAUAUAAAUGCAGAGAGCGUGGAAAGAGUUUAGGUCAGACUGGAGACAUUACAUCAAAGAACCCACACAGGUGAGAAGUCAUAUAAAUGCAUGGAAUGUGGAAAGAGCUUCACCUGGAGUGCAGCCCUUAAUAAACAUCAAACAACCCACACAGGAGAAACCAUAUAAAUGCAUACAGAGCUUCAGAGAGAGUGGAGCCUCUGCUUUACAUCAAAGAAUCCACACAAGAUAAAUCAUAUGAAUGCUUCGUGUCUACUAAGAGCUUUACUCAGUAUUCAAGCUGUAAUUCACAUGAAACAACUCACAUGGACAAAAUCAUAAAUGUAUGAGGAACUGAUACAGCUUCUUAAUAUUUUGGUGGAACUAUAUCAAUAUAUGGAGUAUAUAUAUCAAUAUAGGAGUAAUGUUCUUUGUUGUUAUGUGCCUUCAUGUCGAUUACAACUUAUGGCGACCCUAUGAAUCAGUGACCUCCAAGAGCAUCUGUCAUGAACCACCCUGUUCAGAUCUUGUAAGUUCAGGUCUGUGGCUUCCUUUAUGGAAUCAAUCCAUCUCUUGUUUGGCCUUCCUCUUUUUCUACUCCCUUCUGUUUUUUCCAGCAUUAUUGUCUUUUCUAGUGAAUCAGGUCUUCUCAUGAUGUGUCCAAAGUAUGUUCUUACUCCUAUAAACUAUAUAAACUACAUCUGGGAUCAGAGGCACCAUUCCUGAGAAUAUCAGUCCCUGGGGAGUAACAUCAUGAGGGAGCUAUUGCCCUCAUGUCGUGUUUGUGGGCUCCCACUAGGCAAGGGCUAGGAAGCCUUCAGACUUGCAAGAUCUUGUUAACCAGAGGACAAGCAUUAUUAUCUGGGAGUACACUCCCUCUGAAUCAACAGGGCUUCCAUGCAGUGCAUUCAAGACUGGGAUGCUCCUCUCCUUCUUAAUAAUACUUCAUAUUUAUACCAUGUUUUUAAGGUUUUCAAACUUCACAUGCAUUAUCUAGCCCUGAUCCUUACAACAGCCCUGUAAAACAAUAUAUGGAGUGUAGAAAAAGCUUCAGUCAACUUCCAGACCUGAUUUGUUGUUAACAGACCACUCACAGAAGAGAAACCGUUUCAGUACUUGGAGAUCUUACUAGCAUCAGUGAACCAUACAGAUGUUUACUCAGUGUCUAAAGCUGCUUUGAGAAACCAGGUUUAAGACUCUGGUCUUCUGAUUUUUCACAAAGCCAGAUAUUCUACACUAAUCCACCUGGGGAAUAUUCUUUCCAGUGGAGACAGUCAGCAGGCACUAGAUUUGCUUUUCGGAGCAUAGCUGUGAUUAUUUUGAUAGGGAAGUCUAGGCUCCUAAGAUGCACAGUCUAUGGUACCUUUCUUCGAAAGACCACUCAUUCUUCCAAGGGCCUUUUCAGCAGUGCAGGGGGACUGCCCAUUCACUGGGCAAUGAUUAUUGGGGAGGAUUAGGAGGGGAGGAUAAGAAUAAUGGAAAGGAAGGAGUCAGGUUUUUAUCCUGCCAAUGUGACAGCAACUUUAAUGGUUCACAGGUGGAGGCCAGUGGUAUUGUGUCCUCAGUAGGGCAAUUUCUUUCAUCUGUGUAAACUGGGAGCUUCCACAGCACAGGGGUUGAAUACUUAUGCAAGCAACAUGUUUCAGCUUUUUAUGUUUCUUACAAACCUUUCCCAACAUAAAAUCAAUGUCAC